CUGUACUAAAGGCUUUACGGUAGCAACAUGGCCGCUUCCUUCGGAGUAAACAUGGACUUAUGCUCCCUUUAGCGUAUUUAAACGUUGUAAGGCUAUGAUAUUUUGAUAUCGGACAUAUCACAGAUUCGAAAUGAAACUGUCUCUUUUAUUCCGAGGACGUCGCGUUUACCGGACAGCUGUCCUCCUUAAAAACAACUACUCUGUUUCUGCAGCCAGAAACAGCACUGCGCUUUUGUACAGAAACCACGGCGAGCCCUCACAAGUCGUCCAGUUGGAGUCAUUGGUUUCGCCUCAAAUGGGACCUGACAGUGUCCUGGUGAAAAUGCUGGCGGCUCCCAUCAACCCCUCUGAUUUAAAUAUGAUCCAAGGCACGUAUGCCAUCUUGCCUGAGCUUCCAGCGGUGGGGGGUAACGAGGGCGUGGGUGAGGUGGUGGAGGUGGGUGUCGAGGUGAAGACGCUCAAGGCGGGCGACCGGGUGAUACCAAGGGAUGCCGGCACAGGAACGUGGAGAACCGCCGCUGUUUUGAAGGCGGAUGACCUGGUGACUCUGCCUAAAGACAUUCCUGUACUGUCUGCUGCCACUUUAGGAGUCAAUCCCUGUACAGCUUUUAGGAUGCUCACAGACUUCGAGGAGCUCAAACCAGGAGACACGGUCAUCCAGAACGCAGCUAACAGCGGAGUCGGGCAGGCCGUUGUCCAGAUCGCUGCCGCUAAGGGCAUUCAAACCGUCAACGUCGUCAGAGACAGGCCUGACCUGCAGCAGCUCUCUGACAGACUGACAGCGCUGGGAGCCACGCACGUCGUCACUGAAGAGAAGCUAAGACGACCGGAGAUGAAGGAGCUUUUCAAGUCGUGUCCUCGGCCCAAGCUAGCUCUGAAUGGAGUUGGAGGAAAGAGCGCUACGGAGAUGUUACGUCAUUUACAAAACGGAGGCAGCAUGGUGACCUACGGAGGGAUGGCCAAACAACCGGUCACUGUUCCAGUGAGUGCGCUGAUCUUCAAAGAUGUGAAAAUAAGAGGUUUUUGGGUGACGCGGUGGAAGAGGGACAACAAACACGAUGAAGACGCCUUACGCAGCAUGCUGGAUGAACUCUGCGUCCUGAUCCGCGCCGGGAAGCUGACGGCUCCAGCUUGCACUGAAGUGCGCCUUCAAGACUUCAGAAAGGCCCUGGAGAACGCCAUGAAGCCGUACGUCUCCACCAAACAGGUUUUUGUCAUGUGACUCUGUAUGUGCGUAAUCAGAUCCAGUCAGCUGUAUUAGCUUUGAUUUUUAAAGCUCUGGCGUUUAUUGUAUACUAGGUAUUUAUGAGCAUGAGACGUCACUCUAUAGUGACCUCAUACAGAUAAUGUACAGAGCAUGAGCUUGACUAGCUGCCAAGAAAGACUGAGCGUGUGUCACAUGGGGCAUAUGCUAAAUGUCAUUUAUAAGAUGUUAAUGAACAACCAUUUUUUCGAGGUGGACAACGUUUUUAUUGUGUAAGAGCACAUGCACGUGGAAACACAUUAAAGUCCUGGAUGCCUCAA